AAAUACCAAUUGAAAUUUAGUCCACCGCUGCUGCAGAUUGGUAUUAAGGGACAAGGUUUGUGAGAAAGUUAGUAGAUCGAGCGACGAUUGAUACAAUAUGCUGUUGCCGAUUUACUGCUUGUUGAGCGCCUUUUUGUGUGUUGGAGCACAUCCUGUUGCUUCUAGAAGAUCAUCGCGUAGUUCAGACGGUCUGGAAAAAUGCGAGGAUGCUUUCGAGGAACAGGGAUUUUCCUGUGGUGACUUAACUUAUACCCAAGUAGAAAAUGGCUGUGGAUACGUGUGCGUCUGUGAGGGAGACAUUCUCAAAUAUGUAGAAAACGAGGAUUUGUCUUCGUGUGGCUCGAAUAAGGUAUGCCAUGAAGGAGAAUGCAAGUACGUAGUCUAUGAAGAAAUCUACGAAAGUGAUGACGAGUAUGUCGACAUCAUUGGCAUUAAGUCGCAAAGGCAGCCAUGUUAUACCACUUACUUCAACAGAGAGACUAAAGAGGAAUUGUUCGAAGAAGAUGACGAUGGUGCGAGCUGCUAUGAUUCCGAUGACGAAGCUGAAGGGGUUUGUGAAUCAGGUGUAUGCAUGACAUAUGAAGAUGAUGAAUCAGAAGAAAACAAAGAGUAUUACAGUGAAGAUACCGAAAAUUUUGACGAUGAAUAUGAAACAAAUGAAAACUUGGAGGAAAAUUACGAAAGUGAAGAAGAAGCAUCAGAGGAGCGCGAUGAAGAAAUCGAAGAACUAGAUGAUAGGGAUAAUAAUGAAAAUGGAAAAGAAGAUGAUGAAAAAGAUGAAGAUUAUGAUGCAGGAAAUGGAGGAGCAAAUCCUCAUGCAGAUACAAGUUCUAGAGUCAGAAAUGGAGGAAGAAGCACCGAAAAGGGAUCUGGUGACGACCGAAAAAAUGGAGAGAUGGAGGACGACACGGAUAAUGCUAAAAUGGGAAAUGAUAUCAGUGGAGCUGAAAAAGGAGAAAAAGAGGAUGGGAAAAAAGGAAAAAGAGAGAGAAAAGCCGGAAAAGGGGAAGAUAACAAAAGAAAAGGGACUUACGAAGAAGGGACAGACAUUGGUGAUAAAGGAAAUGGAACUGGUGAUAAAGGAGAAGGUGCUGCUGACAAAGGAGAAGGUGCUUCUGAUAAAGGAGAAGGUGCUGCUGAUAAAAGAAAAAAGACUGGAGAUAAAGGAAAUGAAGCUAAAGGGGCUGAUGAUAAAGAAAGAGCAGCAGGCGCUGAUGGAAAAGGGACGAAAAAGCAAAAAGGAGAUAAUAAAUUAAGAAAAGAAGGACAAACUGACGAUGCAACAAAAAACGAUGGAACUGGAGAUGCAGCAGAUGGAGCUGAUGAUGCAGGAGACGGAGGAAAAGCUGAUGACGGAAAUAAUGGAGAAGGAGGACCAGAUGACAGUGCUACAAAGAACACUGGAGCUGGAAAGGCUGAAGGUGGGGCUUCAAACGAAGUUGGGGAUAAGACAAAGAAGAGACCAGGUGACGAUGCUACAAAGAACGCUGGAAGUGGAGAUGCUGCAGGUGGCGCAACGAAGGGAGCAGGUGACAAAGGAAAAGGGGGAGCAGGGGGACCAGCUGACAAUGUUACAAAGGACGAGAAAGAUGGGGAUGCUGCAGGUGACGGAACGAAGGGGGCAGGUGACAAAGGAAAAGGGGGAGCAGGCGGACCAGCUGACGAUGUUACAACGGACGAGAAAGAUGGGGAUGCUGCAGGUGACGCAUCGAAGGGAGCAGGUGAUACAGGAAAAAAGGGACCAGCUGACAAUGCUACAAAGGACGCUAAAGCUGGAUAUGCUGCAGGUGGCGCAACAAAGGGAGCAGGUGAUACAGGAAAAAAGGGACCAGCUGACGAUGCUACAAAGGACGCUAAAACUGGAGAUGCUGCAGGUGGCGAAACGAAGGGGGCAGGUAACAAGGGAAAAGGGGGAUCAGCUGACGAUGCUACAAAGGACGCAAAAGAUGGGGAUGCUGCAGGUGGCGCAACGAAGGGAGUAAGUGACAAAGGAAAAGGGGGAGCAGAGGGACAAACUGACGCUGCUACAAAGGACGCGAAAGAUGGGGAUGCUGCAGGUGGCGGAACGAAGGGGACAGGUGACAAAGGAAAAGGGAGAGCAGGCGGACCAGCUGACGAUGUUACAACGGACGAGAAAGAUGGGGAUGCUGCAGGUGACGCAUCGAAGGGAGCAGGUGAUACAGGAAAAAAGGGACCAGCUGACAAUGCUACAAAGGACGCUAAAGCUGGAGAUGCUGCCGGUGGCGCAACAAAGGGAGCAGGUGAUACAGGAAAAAAGGGACCAGCUGACGAUGCUACAAAGGACGCUAAAACUGGAGAUGCUGCAGGUGGCGAAACGAAGGGGGCAGGUAACAAGGGAAAAGGGGGACAAGCUGAAGCUGCUACAAAGGACGCGAAAGAUGGGGAUGCUGCAGGUGGCGGAACGAAGGGGGCAGGUGACAAAGGAAAAGGGGGAGCAGGGGGACCAGCUGACGAUGCUACAAAGAAUGCGAAAGAUGAGGAUGCUGCAUGUGGCGGAACGAAGGGGACAGGUGACAAAGGAAAAGUGGGAGCAGGGGGCCCAGCUGACGAUGCUGCAAAGGAGGCGAAAGAUGGGGAUGCUGCAGGUGGCGGAACGAAGGGAGUAGGUGACAAUGGAAAAGGGGAAGCAGGGGGACCAGCUGACGAUGCUACAAAGGACGCGAAAGAUGGGGAUGCUGCAGGUGGCGGAACGAAGGGGUCAGGUGACAAAGGAAAAGGGGGAGCAGGGGGACCAGCUGACGAUGCUACAAAGAACGCGAAAGAUGAGGAUGCUGCAGGUGGCGGAACGAAGGGGGCAGGUGACAAAGGAAAAGGAGGAGCAGGGGGACCAGCUGACGAUGCCACAAAGAACGCGAAAGAUGAGGAUGCUGCAGGUGGCCGAACGAAGGGGGCAGGUGACAAAGGAAAAGGGGGAGCAGGGGGACCAGCUGACAAUGCUACAAAGAACGCGAAAGAUGAGGAUGCUGCAGGUGGCGGAACGAAGGGGGCAGGUGACAAAGGAAAAGGGGGAGCAGGGGGACCAGCUGACGAUGCUACAAAGGACGCGAAAGAUGGGGAUGCUGCAGGUGGCGGAACGAAGGGGGCAGGUGACAAAGGAAAAGGGGGAGCAGGGGGACCAGCUGACGAUGCUACAAAGAACGCGAAAGAUGAGGAUGCUGUAGGUGGCGGAAGGAAGGGGGCAGGUGACAAAGGAAAAGGGGGAGCAGGGGGACCAGCUGACGAUGCUACAAAGGACGCGAAAGAUGGGGAUGCUGCAGGUAGUGCAACAAAAGGAGCAGGUGAUAAAGGAAAAAAGGGAACAGCUGACGAUGCUACAAAGGACGCGAAAGAUGGAGAUGCUGCAGGUGACGCAACGAAGGGAGUAGAUGACAAAGGAAAAGGGGGAGCAGGGGGCCCAGCUGACGAUGCUGCAAAGGGCGCGAAAGAUGGGGAUGCUGCAGGUGGCGGAACGAAGGGAGUAGGUGACAAUGGAAAAGGGGAAGCAGGGGGACCAGCUGACGAUGCUACAAAGGACGCGAAAGAUGGGGAUGCUGCAGGCGGCGGAACGAAGGGGGCAGGUGACAAAGGAAAAGGGGGAGCAGGGGGACCAGCUGACGAUGCUACAAAGAACGCGAAAGAUGAGGAUGCUGCAGGUGGCGGAACGAAGGGGGCAGGUGACAAAGGAAAAGGGGGAGCAGGGGGACCAGCUGACGAUGCUACAAAGAACGCGAAAGAUGAGGAUGCUGCAGGUGGCGGAACGAAGGGGGCAGGUGACAAAGGAAAAGGGGGAGCAGGGGGACCAGCUGACGAUGCUACAAAGAACGCGAAAGAUGAGGAUGCUGCAGGUGGCGGAACGAAGGGGGCAGGUGACAAAGAAAAAGGGGGAGCAGGGGGACCAGCUGACGAUGCUACAAAGAACGCGAAAGAUGAGGAUGCUGCAGGUGGCGGAACGAAGGGGGCAGGUGACAAAGGAAAAGGGGGAGCAGGGGGACCAGCUGACGAUGCUACAAAGGACGCGAAAGAUGGGGAUGAUGCAGGUGACGCAACGAAGGGAGUAGAUGACAAAGGAAAAGGGGGAGCAGGGGGCCCAGCUGACGAUGCUGCAAAGGGCGCGAAAGAUGGGGAUGCUGCAGGUGGCGGAACGAAGGGAGUAGGUGACAAUGGAAAAGGGGAAGCAGGGGGACCAGCUGACGAUGCUACAAAGGACGCGAAAGAUGGGGAUGCUGCAGGCGGCGGAACGAAGGGGGCAGGUGACAAAGGAAAAGGGGGAGCAGGGGGACCAGCUGACGAUGCUACAAAGAACGCGAAAGAUGAGGAUGCUGCAGGUGGCGGAACGAAGGGGGCAGGUGACAAAGGAAAAGGGGGAGCAGGGGGACCAGCUGACGAUGCUACAAAGAACGCGAAAGAUGAGGAUGCUGCAGGUGGCGGAACGAAGGGGGCAGGUGACAAAGGAAAAGGGGGAGCAGGGGGACCAGCUGACGAUGCUACAAAGAACGCGAAAGAUGAGGAUGCUGCAGGUGGCGGAACGAAGGGGGCAGGUGACAAAGAAAAAGGGGGAGCAGGGGGACCAGCUGACGAUGCUACAAAGAACGCGAAAGAUGAGGAUGCUGCAGGUGGCGGAACGAAGGGGGCAGGUGACAAAGGAAAAGGGGGAGCAGGGGGACCAGCUGACGAUGCUACAAAGGACGCGAAAGAUGGGGAUGCUGCAGGUGGCGGAAGGAAGGGGGCAGGUGACAAAGGAAAAGGGGGAGCAGGGGGACCAGCUGACGAUGCUACAAAGGACGCGAAAGAUGGGGAUGCUGCAGGUGGCGGAAGGAAGGGGGCAGGUGACAAAGGAAAAGGGGGAGCAGGGGGACCAGCAGACGAUGCUACAAAGGACGCGAAAGAUGGGGAUGCUGCAGGUGACGCAACGAAAGGAGUAGGUGACAAAGGAAAGGGGGGAGCAGGGGGACCAGCUGACGAUGCUACAAAGGACGCGAAAGAUGGGGAUGCUGCAGGUGGCGCAACGAAGGGGGCAGGUGACAAAGGAAAAGGGGGAGCAGGGGGACCAGCUGACGAUGCUACAAAGAACGCGAAAGAUGAGGAUGCUGCAGGUGGCGGAACGAAGGGGGCAGGUGACAAAGGAAAAGGGGGAGCAGGGGGACCAGCUGACGAUGCUACAAAGAACGCGAAAGAUGAGGAUGCUGCAGGUGGCGGAACGAAGGGGGCAGGUGACAAAGGAAAAGGGGGAGCAGGGGGACCAGCUGACGAUGCUACAAAGAACGCGAAAGAUGAGGAUGCUGCAAGUGGCGCAACGAAGGGGGCAGGUGACAAAGGAAAAGGGGGAGCAGGGGAACCAGCUGACGAUGCUACAAAGGACGCGAAAGAUGGGGAUGCUGCAGGUGGCGGAACGAAGGGGGCAGGUGACAAAGGAAAAGGGGGAGCAGGGGGACCAGCUGACGAUGCUACAAAGAACGCGAAAGAUGAGGAUGCUGCAGGUGGCGGAAGGAAGGGGGCAGGUGACAAAGGAAAAGGGGGAGCAGGGGGACCAGCUGACGAUGCUACAAAGGACGCGAAAGAUGGGGAUGCUGCAGGUGGCGGAAGGAAGGGGGCAGGUGACAAAGGAAAAGAGGGAGCAGGGGGACCAGCAGACGAUGCUACAAAGGACGCGAAAGAUGGGGAUGCUGCAGGUGGCGCAACGAAGGGGGCAGGUGACAAAGGAAAAGGGGGAGCAGGGGGACCAGCUGACGAUGCUACAAAGGACGCGAAAGAUGGGGAUGCUGCAGGUAGUGCAACAAAAGGAGCAGGUGAUAAAGGAAAAAAGGGAACAGCUGACGAUGCUACAAAGGACGCGAAAGAUGGAGAUGCUGCAGGUGGCGCAACGAAGGGAGCAGGUGACAAAGGAAAAAGGGGAGCAGGGAGACCAGCUGACGAUGCUACAAAGGACGCGAAAGAUGGGGAUGAUGCAGGUGACGCAACGAAGGGAGUAGAUGACAAAGGAAAAGGGGGAGCAGGGGGCCCAGCUGACGAUGCUGCAAAGGACGCGAAAGAUGGGGAUGCUGCAGGUGGCGGAACGAAGGGAGUAGGUGACAAUGGAAAAGGGGAAGCAGGGGGACCAGCUGACGAUGCUACAAAGGACGCGAAAGAUGGGGAUGCUGCAGGCGGCGGAACGAUGGGGGCAGGUGACAAAGGAAAAGGGGGAGCAGGGGGACCAGCUGACGAUGCUACAAAGAACGCGAAAGAUGAGGAUGCUGCAGGUGGCGGAACGAAGGGGGCAGGUGACAAAGGAAAAGGGGGAGCAGGGGGACCAGCUGACGAUGCUACAAAGAACGCGAAAGAUGAGGAUGCUGCAGGUGGCGGAACGAAGGGGGCAGGUGACAAAGGAAAAGGGGGAGCAGGGGGACCAGCUGACGAUGCUACAAAGGACGCGAAAGAUGGGGAUGCUGCAGGUGGCGGAACGAAGGGGGCAGGUGACAAAGGAAAAGGGGGAGCAGGGGGACCAGCUGACGAUGCUACAAAGAACGCGAAAGAUGAGAAUGCUGCAGGUGGCGGAAGGAAGGGGGCAGGUGACAAAGGAAAAGGGGGAGCAGGGGGACCAGCUGACGAUGCUACAAAGGACGCGAAAGAUGGGGAUGCUGCAGGCGGCGGAAGGAAGGGGGCAGGUGACAAAGGAAAAGGGGGAGCAGGGGGACCAGCAGACGAUGCUACAAAGGACGCGAAAGAUGGGGAUGCUGCAGGUGACGCAACGAAAGGAGCAGGAGAUAAAGGAAAAAAGGGAUCAGCUGACGAUGCUACAAAGGAUGCGAAAACUGGAGAUGCUGCAGGUGGCGCAACGAAGGGAGCAGGUGACAAAGGAAAAGGGGAAGUAGGGGGACCAGCAGACGAUGCUACAAAGGACGCGAAAGAUAGGGAUGCUGCAGGUGACGCAACGAAGGGAGUAGGUGACAAAGGAAAAGUGGGAGCAGGGGGAACAGAUGACGAUGCUACAAAGGACGCGAAAGAUGGGGAUGCUGCAGGUGGCGCAACGAAGGGAGCUGGUGAUAAAGGAAAAAAAGGACCAGCUGACAAUGCUACAAAGGACGUUAAAGCUAGAGAUGCUGCAGGUGGCGCAACGAAGGGAGCAGAUGACAAAGGAAAAGGGGAAGCAGGGGGACCAGCUGACGAUGCUACAAAAGACGCGAAAGAUGGGGAUGCUGCAGGUGGCGGAACGAAGGUAGCGGAUGAUAAUGGGAAAAAGGGACAAGCUGAUGAUGCUACAAAGGACUCUAAAGAAGGAGAUGCUGCAGGUGGUGCAAAGAACGGAGCAGGUGAUAAAGGAAAAAAAGGACCGGCUGACAAUGCUACAAAGGACUCUAAAGCAGGAGAUGCUGCAGGUGGCGCGACAAAGGGAGCAGAUGACAAAGGAAAAGGGGAAGCAGGGGGACCAGCUGACGAUGCUACAAAGGACGCGAAAGAUGGGGAUGCUGCAGGUGGCGGAACGAAGGUAGCGGAUGAUAAUGGGAAAAAGGGACAAGCUGAUGAUGCUACAAAGGACGCGAAAGAUGGAGAUGCUGCAGGUGGCGGAACGAAGGCAGCAGGUGAUAAUGGAAAAAAGGGACCAGAUGACAAUGCUACAAAGGACGCUAAAGCUGGAGAUGCUGCAACUGGCGCAACGAAGGGAGCAGGUGAUAAAGGAAAAAAGGGACCAGCUGAUGACGCUACAAAGGACGCAAAAAAUGGAGAUGCUGCAGGUGACGCAACGAAGGGAGUAGGUGACAAAGGAGAAGGGGGACCAUCUGACGAUGCUACAAAGGACGCUAAAGCAGGAGAUACUGCAGGUGAAGCAACAAAAGGAGCAGGUGAUAAAGGAAAAAAGGGACCAGCUGACGAUUCUACAAAGGACGUUAAAGAUGGAGAUGCUGCAGGUGGCGCAACGAAGGGAGCAGGUGAUAAAGGGAAAAAGGGACCUGCUGACGAUUCUACGAAGGACGUUAAAGAUGGAGAUGCUGCAGGUGGCGCAACGAAGGGAGCAGGUGACAAAGGAAAAGAGGGGGCAGCAGACGAUGCUACAAAGGACGCGAAAACUGUAGAUGCUGCAGGUGACGCAACAAAAGGAGCAGGUGAUAAAGGAAAAAAGGGACCAGGUGACGAUGCUACAAAGGACGCUAAAGCUGGAGAUGCUGCAGGUGGUGCAACGAAGGGAACAGGUGACAAAGGAAAAGGGGGACCAGCUGACGAUGCUACAAAGGACGCGAAAGAUGGAGAUGCUGCAAGUGACGCUACGAAGGGAGCAGGUGAUAAAGGAAAAAAGGGACCAGCUGACGAUGCUACAAAGGACCCAAAAGCUGGAGAUGCUGCAGGUGACGCAACAAAGGGAGCAGGUGAUAAAGAGAAAAAGGGACCAGCUGACAAGGACGCUAAAGCAGGAGAUGCUGCAGGUGGCGCAACGAAGGGAGCAGGUGACAAAGGAAAGGGGGGAGCAGCAGACGAUGCUACAAAGGAUGUGAAAACUGGAGAUGCUGCAGGUGACGCAACAAAAGGAGCAGGUGAUAAAGGAAAAAAGGGACCAGCUGACGUUGCUACAAAGGACGCUAAAGCUGGAGUUGCUGCAGGUGGCGCAACGAAGGGAGCAGGUGACAAAAGAAAAGGGGGAGCAGGGGGACCAGCUGACGAUGCAACAAAGGACGCGAAAGAUGGAGAUACUGCACGUGACGCAACAAAGGGAGCAGGUGAUAAAGAAAAAAAGGGACCAGGUGACGCUGCUACAAAGGACGCUAAAGCUGGAGAUGCUGCAGGUGGUGCAACUACUGGAGUAAGUGACGAAGGAAAAGAGGGAGCUGGAGGGUCAGCUGACGAUGCUACAGAGGACGCGAAAGAUGGGGAUGCUGCAGGUGACGCAACAAAGGGAGCAGGUGAGAAAGGAAAAAAGGGACCAGCUGACGAUGCUACAAAGAACGCUGGAGCUGGAGAUUCUGCAGAUGGCGCAAAGAAGGGAGCAGGUGACAAAGGCAAAGGUGUUCCAGGGGGACCAGCUGAUGAUUCUACAAAGGACGCUGGAGCUGGAGAUGCGAGAGGUGGAACUCCGAAGGAAGUAGAUGAUGCAGGAGAGGAAGAAUCAGCAGCUGGAGAUGCAGCAAGCUGCUCUGAGAAAGGAGGAGGAGGAGUUGAUGAUUCUGUGGAGAGUCACGGAGUUGGAGAUGAGGAUACAGAGAAAACAGGUGGAGCUGCUGGCUUGAGAAAGAAAAAAGGUGGCAAAGGUACUGGAGAUGCCGAAGAAGGAGAUAAAACUGGUGAGGCAACAAAAAGUAGUGGCAGAUCAAAGAAGAUCGCAUCUGAUAAACAUAAGAUGAAGGAAAAGGAUUCCGCACUUUGCAGUGAUGAAAGUAGUUCUGGGAGUAACUUAAAUAAGAAUGAAGAUAGCGCCGGUUCUGAUGAAAGUGAUCUGGCCUAGGAAAUCGAAAAUAUGAUAAUUGUUUUUUAAUUACAAGUAAAUGAAUAAUUAGAAAGAAA